AACUUUCGUCCGCUUCACUUUUCAGUUGCAAUAAACAUUUCUGGGAAGCGGGAAGUCUGUUCGAAAUUAUGGCGUCAUUUUCUAAAAUAUUUCUGCUAUUGAGCGCAUUUGCAGUGCUGCAGUGCGUGCGAACACAAUUGCUGGAGCAAUUCAAUGACACAGUGGCAAGCAAUGUGCAAGUAACGCCGGUGGAAAGUACAACUGAGCGAGCGCAGCCGAAAGUCAAAAAUUAUUUGCCGUUGAAAAGAGAACACUGGGCCGUAAUGUGCGCAGCGAUUUUUUUAAUUUUCGUGCUCGCGUCAAUAUGUAAAUACAAGUUUUGGCCAAAUUCGCGCAUUUGUGGCUGCAAAGAGGUGGAAUUGCAACGCAAUAAUAGGGAAUUGCGACCACAAUAUUCUUGGGAUGAAAGUAAUCGAAAGUGAAUUUAUUCUUAUGUAGUCUGAUAGUUUAAUGUAUGUGUAAUUAUAUAGACAUUAAGUUCAUACAUUUAUUCAGUACAUAAUUUGGGAAAACUUUAGAAUACCGUCCCAGGCUUUCGGAAAUGAAAUGGAUAUGGUCGGACAGAUGAAGAUCAGGAAUGUAAAAUAAAUGUGUUCAAACGACUUAGUGAAGUGUUAAUGAACAUAAAAAUGAAAACUAUAAGUGUAAAAUUAAUUUUAAAUCCACAAACACGUAAAAUAGUGAUAAUUUUCAACUUUAAACGCAAAUAUCUCGAUAACUAUUGGUUUCCUGCGGCUAUAGUUAUAUAUAUUCUUGAUCUGGAGAACCUCCUCUAUCCGAUCAUACCCAUUUUAUUUCCGAAAUCCUGGAACGGUAUUCUAAAGCCGACCCUAUAAUUUAUAUGGAUUUCAGAUUAUAAAGAUAUCAUCAUAGACUUUAUAUAUUUUGUACAAAAAAUUAUAAAAUUCAUGUCGAUCUAUUCGAAAAAUCGUAAAGCUGAAAUAUAUUUUGAAAACCCAAAAUUAUAAAAUAUAAACUUUUUACCAUUAAACAAUUUCCUAUAAAAUA